UGAUUCCGAAAAUGGAGGCAGUUCAUUUACUGUGAAGUCAACUGAAGUGUGGAGGAAAGCUCCAUCGAAGUGUCCGUUUCUGCGCAUUAUUUCCCUCUCUAACUGAGGUUGCUGCCGGCGACUCGUACUCAAUGGCGUCGAAGUUUCUGACUCUCCGCGCUCCGCUGUCGAUUCCACAACCGGUUACGUGUUCCCGCCAGAAUUUCCCAACCGUCUCUACGAGCAGUUGUUCUACUGUUGAAGAUCCAUCGCUGUGGCGUAGCAAGAAGCAAACGCAGCUCUCGCCUCUGAUUUUCCCUAAAAGUUCUGAUUCGAUUAGAUCCGUGACCGUCAGAUCCAGUUUGACUUUCCCUAUCAUUUCUCCGCAAGAUCAAUGGGGCACUUGGACUGCUCUCUUCGCUACCGGCGCUUUCGGUAUCUGGUCAGAAAAAACGAAGAUUGGGAGUGCGCUGAGUGGUGCCUUAGUGAGUACUUUGGUUGGACUUGCAGCUAGUAAUUUAGGGAUUAUUUCUUGCGAAGCGCCAGCAUAUUCGGUUGUGUUGAAUUUUCUGUUGCCACUGGCAGUCCCACUGCUGUUGUUUAGAGCAGACUUGCGUCGUGUGAUACAAUCUACUGGGGCACUGCUCAUGGCUUUUUUGAUUGGAUCAGUUGCAACAACAAUUGGGACUGUCGUGGCAUUUCUGAUGGUUCCAAUGCGAUCACUUGGUCAGGACAGUUGGAAGAUAGCAGCUGCACUCAUGGGCAGACAUAUUGGUGGAGCUGUCAAUUAUGUUGCCAUUUCAGAAGCUCUUGGUGUUUCUCGAUCAGUUUUAGCUGCAGGUCUAGCUGCAGACAAUGUUAUUUGCGCAGUCUAUUUUACAACAUUGUUUGCACUAGCUUCAAAAAUACCCCCUGAGGAUUCAACAUCUGCAAAUGAUACAGGAAUGAAUGAGCAGCCCGAGCCUGGCAACAAACCUCCUGUGCUACUGACUGCUACCGCCCUUGCUGUAUCCUUUGCUAUCUGCAAGGCUGGCAUUUUCCUCACAAAAUAUUUUGGAAUUCAAGGAGGUAGUCUUCCAGCCAUUACAGCAAUAGUUGUUAUUUUAGCAACUGCAUUUCCAAAGCAGUUUAGUCUCCUUGCACCUGCUGGUGAGACUAUGGCAAUGAUUCUGAUGCAGGUAUUUUUUACAGUGGUGGGAGCAAGCGGGAACAUAGGGAAUGUCAUGAACACAGCUCCCAGUAUUUUCAUGUUUGCUCUGGUCCAGAUUGCGGUCCAUCUUGCUGUGAUCCUGGGACUGGGAAAGCUAUUCCGCUUUGAUCUAAAGCUGUUGCUGAUAGCAUCAAAUGCCAAUGUUGGAGGCCCUACAACAGCCUGCGGAAUGGCCACAGCCAAAGGGUGGAGUUCCUUGGUUGUUCCUGGGAUUCUUGCUGGCAUAUUCGGUAUCGCAAUUGCAACUUUUCUGGGCAUUGUCUUUGGAGUAACAGUCCUUAAAUUCAUGUAAAACUUUACUAUCAUUACUACCAGGACUGGUCUAAUUUUAUGCAAUGAUAGAAGCAUCAUGUUGGGAGCAA